GACCUCUUAAGGGUUAAACUCACUUCCUGGUACUGCUGGCCUGUUGCUGGGAUACAAAGAAUGCUUGGUUUUGCUGAGUCCUACACGCUCGCUGAGAUUUCAAACAGAAAAGACUGCGGGAAGGUCACCCCACUAUGCCAUUCAUCAAAACACCUCCAAAAGCUCCUCCACGCUCAACACUGCUGGAGAAUAGGUCCAAAAAAUGUGGCCCGCGUGUCACUGUGUACUCUGUCAAUGGAGACGAAUACACUGGGGAGUGGCUGGACAACAAGAAGCACGGGUGGGGCACGCAGGUGUGGAAGAAGUUAGGCAGCAUUUAUAACGGAGAAUGGAAGUGUGGAAAGCGUGACGGAUACGGCACCUAUAGUGUAGCCAACACAAAGGUGUACGCCAAGAAGUACUGUGGUGAAUGGAGGAAUGGGAUGAAGCACGGGCAUGGUGCAUACUUUUAUGAUAACUCUGCAGUGUACGAAGGCGAGUGGAGUGAGGACCGGCGCGGUGGUUGGGGAAGAAUGCUCUUUAACUGUGGAGACGUCUACGAAGGAGAGUGGAUGAAGGAUAAAGAACACGGCCGGGGUGUCCUUCAAUAUGCAAAUGGAAACUGGUACGAAGGUUCCUGGAAAGAAGGCAAGAAAAGCGGGCGAGGGAAAUUCUACUACCACGACAAAGCUCAGCUUUAUGAAGGCCUUUGGGUCCGAGGCGAAGCGAAAUGUGGGACUUUGUCGGAUUUUGGGCGAGACGACGCACCGACACCCGCCAAGUGUCCCAUCCCGGAGGUAAAACUAAAGGAUGUGAAGACAGUUUUACAAACAGCUCAGUUGGCACACCUUGAUCCUACAUGCUAAAGUGGCCCUACUGCUCAGUGGCCUAGUGGUUAGAGUGUCCGCCCUGAGGUGGGUAGGUUGUGAGUUCAAACCCCGGCCGAGUCAUGCCAAAGACUAUAAAAAUAGGACCCAUUAUCUCCCUGCUUGGCGCUCAGCAUCAAGGGUUGGAAUUGGGGGUUAAAUCACCAAAAAUGAUUCCCGGGCGUGGCCACUGCUGCUGCUCACUGCUCCCCUCACCUCCCAGGGGGUGAGGGCAAUGGGUCAAAUGCAGAGGAUAAUCUUACCACACCUAGUGUGUGUGUGACAAUCAUUGGUACUCUAACUUUAAACAAAAAAAGUACAGUACAAGCAUGUGAUUUGAACUUAAUGAAAAAGACUGAAA